AUGAAGGACAUCCUCACCAAGAAGAGGAAGUACAUUGACAGUGAAAGCAUUGUAGUGGUAGGCAACUGUAGUGCAGUGAUACAGAGGAAGCUGACCGAGAAAUUCAAAGACCCCGAGAGCGUGACAAUCCCUUGCACCAUAGGGAAUGAGUUAGUAGGGAAGGCUCUCAUUGACUUAGGAGCAAGCAUCAACUUGAUGCCCCUGCCAAUGUGUAGGAGAAUUGGAAACCUGAAGAUAGACCUUACCAAGAUGACGCUCCAGCUAGCAGAUCGAUCAAUCACCAGACCAUACAGGGUAGUGGAAGAUGUCUUGGUCAAAAUCCAUCAUUUUACCUUUUCGGUAGAUUUUGUAAUCAUGGACAUAGAAGAAGAUGCAUAA